UGUCCCAGGCAGCCCCCGCCUCGGAGUCGCCUCUGCCCGUCUCUGUUGGGGCCCUCCUCGCACCCGUCCCGCGGUCGAGGAAUGGAACCGGCCGGCGAGGAGGAAGCGUGGCGGGAAGGCGCGUCCUCGCCUGGGGCGGCCGCUCCCUCUGCGCUCGGGCUCGCCUUCUCCAAGAUUUUGCGUCGCCUCACCGGCCGGCCGGCACGGCGGCGCGACGCGAGAGCUACCGCUGUUAAGGACCUCGGCGCUCUAUUAGAAGCCACAGCAUGUGAGCGCUUAUUUGCGCGGAGCGGCGGCGCCCGCCGCAAAAUGCCCGAGACCCUGGGAGAGGUGGCCAAGGCCCUGGAGAAGUACGCGUCCCCGCCCCGGGAGGCCGAGGCCCGCGGGGACGCUGCCGGCCCGGAGGUGGCCGCCAGGGCGGCCGAGGUGGGCGCGCUCUUUCUUCAGCUCUUGAGCAAAGUCGAGGCUGCCAGGAGCGCCCCGGGGGAGCUCUGCCCCGAGUGGAGGGCAGGCCUGCGUCGCUUGGCGGGACCUGCCUACGUGUUUGCCGUCACACACAGCUUGGAGCAGCCGUGGGGCAGCCCGAGCUCCCGGGACGUCGCCGGAGAGGUGCUUGCCGCCCUGCUGAGGGUGACAGACUGUGGGUCCGUGGCAGGGUUCCUCCGCGGGGAAAACCAAGAGGAGGAAGGUCGAUUGCCUGUGAUCCUGGGCCUUCUCAAACCCAGUUUGAAUAAGGAAUCCUGGAAGAAUAAUCCUGCUGUCAAACACGUUUUCUCCUGGACUCUGCAACAGGUUACUCGGCCCUGGCUAACGCAAUACCUAGAAAGCACACUUCCCCCAUCCUUGCUCAUUUCAGAUGAUUAUCAGACUGAGAACAAAAUCCUAGGUGUACGCUGCCUACAUCACAUUGUGCUUAAUGUGCCAGUUGCUGAUUUGCUACAGUAUAACAGAGCCCAAGUCAUCUAUCAUGCCAUUUUCAACCAUCUGUACAUGCCAGAGUACCACCUCAUUGAGGCUGUGCUCCUGUGUCUGUUGGAUUUAUUCCCAGUCCUGGAGAAAGCCCAGCACUGGACGGGUGAUGCAGCUCGACCAACCACACACUGUGACGAGGUCCUGCAGCUGAUAUUGACCCACAUGGAGGCAGAGCACCGCCUGCUGUUGCGCAGGACCUAUGCAAGGAAUCUACCCACCUUUGUGGGAAGGUUGGGGAUCCUAAGUGUCCGGCACUUGAAGAGGUUAGAAAGAGUCAUCGUUGGUUACCUGGAGGUUUAUGAUGGACCAGAGGAGGAGGCGAGGUUGAAGAUGCUGGAAACCCUAAAAGUUCUCAUGUAUUACACUUGGCCCAGAAUCUCCUGCAGACUUGUGGUCUUGUUGAAGGCUCUCCUGAAACUGAUAUGUGAUGUGGCGAGGGACCAGAACCUUACGCCUGAGCCUGUUAAGAAUGCCUUGUUAGAGGAGGCAACAGGCUGCCUGAUUGUCUUGGACCACUGCUGUCAAGGACAGGUUAAGGAUCUUUUGGCCAGAAUCCUCCUCAGCUGUGAGGACAGCACAGUGGUGAGCUGCAUCAGGCAAGUGCAUCAGGAUUGUGACAGUAUGCCCUACCACGGAAUGUAAGAUUACUGCCCAAGAGGA